ACGUAUUUUAGAGCUAUACUUAACAACAGAGCUUGUUGAAAACUAUAUAACUAGGAAAGAAAGCUACAAUUUCUCGCAAACUAAAGCUCCAACAGGUUUUUUUUGAAAACAAAUAAAACAAUUCGUCGAUACCACUGAGUUUCUGUUUGGUUUUACAAGAAUUUUUUAUUAUGUUUGUUCUUAAUAAUAAAGCACGCUAGCUUAAAAUAUUUUGAUGUUGUUCUCAUCUCUUUACAUCAACAAAGAGAGAGGCUGAUCUGGGAGAGGUUGCAGGUUAACAUUUCAUCGGUUUAAAUUAGCAAAACGAACGAGCUUAAUGUCUUUGACAAGAAUGUUGUUUUGCGGCAAAGAAGAGAGUAGAUCUGUGAGUUUUGGCUGUUAGGAAGUAAAGAUCUGUGUGAGAUACUAAGUAGUAAAUACAAACGGGGAAAAAAAGGGUUCUUAACUUUAACCAGAUUGUUCCUGUAUGUUUCCAUGUUUAUUGAGUUUUAAGAGGUUGACACCUGUAGACACAACUAGCAUCAGUGCAAGUCCUUGUUGGUAAUUCUGAAACUCUGGUUUCAUGUAUGUUUUGUUUUUGGUCUUUGUCAUUUAAUGUUGUUAAUUAGGUGGGGUGAGCAGUGGUGCCUGCCAUUUUUAGGGCCAGCGAAAGCUUUAAAUACAAACCAUUGCUGAGAUGGCUACCUGGCUGAUGAGAGGGUAGCUGCCAUUUCAGGCUUUGCUUUUUAGAGAGAAAGAGCACUCUGUGUGCAGAAGCAGCACUGCAAAAAAGAAAAAAAAGAAGAAGAAGAAAGCUUUAAACGUACAGGAGAAGGGCUAGGGGAGGGUCUCCUCUGACUUGGACUGUGAUUUAUCGAACUGUUGAGAAAUAAAUAAAAUUACAAAAAAAGGAACCCUUUUCAUAACUCACGCAGCAAAAGUACCUCUCUCUCUCCCCCCCAGCUCUCUGUGUUAUUGUCAUCAAUGCAUAGGACACACAGCCCCACCUGCGCUCCUCUCUUCAAUUAGCUCUCUAAUAAACCACCCACUUUCAAGUUUCUCUCUUUCUUUCUAGCCGCAAUAAGAACACAAAAGAUAAGGAAGAAAUAGGGGUGGGAUAGAAGAAAGAAAAUAAUAAAUAACAAAGGCAAUUAGGAAACAAAAGAGGAGGGUUCCUUUUCUUUUUCUUUUUUUUUCUCUUCUUUAUUCUUUUCGAAUAAUUUGUGUUUGUUAAGGCAUGAAAGUAGUGCUAUGGAGGCGGAAGAGAUUCGGAGACAGCCUUGUAAGUUCACUAGAGUUGGUAAUGGCAUAAAUGACACCAGCAGAAUAGCUCAAAAAGGUAAUGGUUCUGACCACCAAUAUCCUGACGAUGAAGAAGAUGGUGAGCUCAAGAGGACUAAUUCUAACAACGGUGCUGGUUGUGGUGGUGGCGGUAUUGAUGCUGCUGGUGGGACCUUCAAUGGUCUUCGUGCGUGGCACCAUUCGUCGCGCAUAAUUAGGGUUUCGAGAGCAUCUGGUGGAAAAGAUCGGCACAGCAAGGUAUGGACUUCAAAAGGGUUAAGAGACCGGAGAGUCCGUUUAUCAGUUAGCACUGCCAUUCAAUUCUACGACCUUCAAGAUCGGUUGGGUUAUGAUCAGCCAAGUAAAGCUGUAGAAUGGCUGAUCAAAGCAGCUCAAGAUGCAAUUAACGAGCUCCCUUCGCUCAAUCAUUCUUUUCCUGAGACGCCAAAGCAAUUAAGCGAUGAGAAAAGAACGAGUGAUAGCACUGAACAAGGAUUUGAUUCAGCUGAUGUUGAGCUAGAAGACCUAAAUUUUAGGCAGAACCAGAAUCUCUCGCUAUCUAAAUCUGCUUGCAGUAGCACUUCAGAGACAAGCAAAGGUUCAGGGCUAUCACUUUCGCGUUCUGUUAGUCGUGAUAAGGCUCGUGAGAGAGCCAGGGAGAGAACAGCCAAGGAGAAGGAGAAAGAGAAUGAUUCUCGCAUUGCGCAUCACCACAACAUAAACCCCAUUUCUCAAAACUCCACAUUUACUGAGCUUUUAACCGGUGGGGUUGGUAGUGUUAGAAAUAACAGCAGCAGCAACAACAACAAUAACAGUACUGCUAGUCCUACUGGUUCUGAUGCAAAUAAUUUGUUCCAAAAAGCAGUCGCGGCAAGGCAGUGGCCUUCGACCCCAAUGGACUGCUUCGGCUCAGGACUUUUAGGGCCAUCCUCGUCGCGGUCAACUCAUCAUUCAUCGGGGUUUCCAGGGCAAAUCCAGUUAGGGAACUCAAUCCCACAAGCAAUGACAAUGUCGAUCCCACCAUUUUGUGUAUCGGGGGAGAAUCACCAGGAGCAUUUGCAACAUUUUCCUUUCGUUUCAGAUCAUUUGAUUCCAGUGGCCGCCACAACACAACCGCCGGCAUCCAGCCGGGAUUAUAACCUAAAUUUCACAAUAUCUUCAGGCCUUGCUGCAGGUUUCAAUAGGGGGACCCUUCAGUCCAAUUCAUCAUCACCGUCUCUUUUGCCUCACCUCCAGAGGUUUUCUACUUCUUCUACCAUAGACGGAUCUACCACAAAUGUACCUUUCUUUAUCGGUGCUGCAACACCACAAGCUAUGGAGAACCACCACCAGUUCCCACCUGGGUUGCAGCUCUGCUAUGGCGAUGGAACCAGGCAUUCUGACCAGAAAGGCAAAGGGAAGAACUGAUUAUUGCCUGUGGGCGUCUGUUUUUCUUGUGGCAUCUUCUUUCAGUGAAUGGCAUGCACGCUGAUAUCAGAGGUUAAUUUGGUACAGGAAAAUGAAGAUGGGAAAUUGCUGCAAACCAUGAACAAAUACGUUCCUUCCUUGCAUUGGAUGAUCAUGAUACCUUUUCAUCAUGCUUCUGAAAUUUUUGGUAUUUCCGCUUUAUCCAUUUAUAAGUCGUUCAGAUUGCAUCCAUAUAUAUGUGUAUGCGCGAAUCUAUGCGUGCAAAGCUUUGUGUGUUUUGAAGAAAUAUAACAAACGAUUGAAGUUGAUGUCUUUCUUUUUUCCU